UAUAACCACCGCAACAACGCCAACCACAUGAACUACACCGAUAGCAGCAAUGAUGUCUCUCCCUAGUCCAUGUCCCCAUUGAACUACCCAAACCAUUCUUCAUCUCCUCUCAACAAGUCUCCAUGGGUUUUACCUGCCUCACCCGCGAUAAACCCCUUCCACCACCACCAAGACCACCUCCCCGGCAACAGCCUCAUCGGAUCCCUCGUUCGCGAAGAGGGUCACAUAUAUUCCUUGGCCGUUUCCAGAGACUUGUUAUACACAGGCUCCGACAACAAGAAUAUAAGAGUUUGGAAGCAUCUCAAGGACUACACUGACUUCAAAUCAAGCAGUGGAUUGGUUAAAACCAUAAUAAUCGCCGCCGGAAAAAUCUUCACCGGCCACCAAGACGGUAAGAUCAGAGUGUGGAAGGUUUCCUCCAAGAAUCCAAGCAAGCAUAAACGCAUCGGGAGCUUGCCAACGUUCAAAGAUUACAUGAAGUAUUCCAUGAACCCCAAGAAUUAUGUGGAGGUUCGCCAGAACUGGAACACGGUGAAGGUGAAGCACUUCGACGCUGCUUCGAAUCUCAGUCUGGACAAGGACGAAGGGUUGUUGUACUCUGGGUCGUGGGACAAGACGGUCAAUGUGUGGCGCGUGGCGGAUUUCAAGUGCUUGGAGUCGAUCAGUCGUGAAUCGGUGGGGGGUUUGUGA